AUGACAAACUACUUAAACGAUCCCGCGCUUUAUAUCUACACCUCCCUGACUGCUGGUUCUUCCCAUAUUGUCACGGCCACAUCACGUCUCGAGACCAUCCUACGCGCCAACCGCAUUCCCUUUAAAGCUAUCGAUAUCGCCGUCGAUACAAAGGCUCGUCUGCUAUGGGGUCGAAGAGCCGGUAAAGAUGGAAACGGCCGCGCGAGGAAGCUCCCUGCCCUGAUUCAGGAGGGCUGGGUUGUGGGCGAUAUUGUCGAGAUCGAAGAAUGGAACGAACGCAGCGAACUUAAGGAGCAGGUCAAGAUUUACUUUGACGAAUAUACCAUCCCGUCGAUAAACGACAAGCUUCCCGAUGACUCCUUAAUGCGACCAGUCUACCCCAUGCCCAGCAAGAGCCCGGUUUCCCCUGCAGGAAUCGCCAUGAUGUCUGCAGUUGGUGCCGCCGCUGCUGCUGCCGCCAACUCUCCGAAACCCGUCCCUGCCGCACCUCCGCUGCCCGCGACCAAGACAGCAACAUCCGCAACACCAAAGGUCUCUACAGCACCCAAGACGGAAGCGAAAGCCUUACCUGUCCGAUCCGUUGCUGAUGAAGCUGCGGCGAAGGCUAAGGAGCUUCGCCUAAAGAGUCUACGAGAGAAGGUCCACGGCAAGGAUGGCGAGAAGAAGAAAGAUGCGGCGAGCACAAAGGCCACCGAAGAAACUAAAACGUCUACGGAAACCCCUAUCUCGAUAGACAGCAAGAUCGACGGUAUUCAGUCGCCAACAUCUGGAUCAUGGGCCGAGACCGAUGCGGCGCGAAAUGCUAUUCAAAGCCCAACAACCGGUACCUGGAAAGAUGGUCCUUCAACUUUGAUCCCAUCCACGAAGCCAUCCAGUACGGGGGCAAGUCCGGAAGAGGUUAAGGCUACUGAGGCUAAGACGGCGAUAAAGGAGGAGCCCGAGUUGGAGAAGAAGACAGAAACGUCGGAUGAAGAGGAUUCAGAAGACGAUACCGAAUCUGACUCUGACGAAGAUGAGGAAGAUAGUGAUGAGGACAGUGACGAUGAUGAAGAUAGUGAAGAUGAGGAAGAGGAAGAAGUGAAGGAGCCUGAAGCUGCUGCAUCUGCGGACAAGACUGUUGAAGAUGCUAAAGAAGAGGCUAAAGAGGAGGUUAAAGAAGAAGACAAGGCCGAGGUCAAGACAGAGGUCAAGACAGAGACUAAAAAGGAAUCGAAGAAGGACCCAAAGAAGAAGGAUUCCAAGGAUGCCAAGAAAGACGUCAAGAAGGUUCCGAAGAAGAGCAGCAAGGAUCCCAAAAAAGAGUCCAAGAAGAGCUCCAAGGACGUAAAGAAGGAGACUAAGAAAGAUAACAAGGAUUCCAAGAAAGAGGUAAAGAAGGACUCUAAGAAGGAUUCAAAGAAGGAACCCAAAAAAGAGCAUAAGAAGGAAUCCAAGAAAUAA